GGCGCGCCGUCGGCGUACCCCACGAACGCGUCGGCGUACGAGCUGCUCGAGGAGAUCGGGCACGGCGUGAGCGCGACGGUGUGGCGAGCGCGAUGCGCGACGAACGACGAAGUCGUCGCGGUGAAGGUUUUGGAUCUCGAGGAACACGAGCCGGAACACCUGGACGAGAUCCGACGCGAGGCGCAGACGAUGAGCAUGCUGAGUCAUCCGAAUUUGGUGAAAUAUUAUAGCUCGUUCGUGAACGAGGCGUCGCUUUGGGUGGUGAUGCCGUAUCUCGCGGGGGGAUCGGCGCUGAAUUUGAUGAAGUGGUCGCAUCCGGGAGGUUUCGAGGAACCCGUCAUCGCGUGCAUCGUCAAGGCGGCGCUCAAGGCGCUGGAUUACUUUCAUCGUAAUGGGAAUAUUCAUCGAGACAUCAAGGCUGGGAACAUUUUGGUGGAUGAGAACGGGGCGGUGAAGCUGGCCGAUUUCGGCGUGAGCGCUUCGUGUUGGGGUUCGGGAGGCCGACCGCGGUCGCACCAGACUUUUGUCGGCACGCCGUGCUGGAUGGCGCCAGAGGUGAUGGAGCAAGAGAACGGGUACGAUUUUCACGCCGACAUUUGGUCGCUCGGGAUCACGGUGCUGGAGUUGUGCCACGGGCACGCGCCGUUUUCCAAGUUUCCGCCGAUGAAGGUGCUCUUGAUGACGCUUCAAAACCCAGCGCCGACGCUCGAAGAGCAACCCGAAGACGGUCGGCAUUUCUCUCGCGCCCUUCGCGAGUUCGUCAGUCUUUGCCUGCAAAAGGAUCCGUCCAAGCGCCCGCCGGCGAGCAAGCUUUUGGAGCACAAAUUUUUGAAGGAGGCGAAGAAAGCCGAUUGGCUCGCGAAGACGUUGCUCGAAAACAUCCCUUCUCUGGGCGAUCGCACGCGCAUGCUCGCCGAACGCGAGGCGAAACGGCGCGCGGAAUCGAACGCCGUGGGUGAGGCGCAAGCGGAAGCCGCUUCGAACGAAGCUUACAAGCACGGGGUGUCUAAUUGGAAUUUUGACGUCGACGAAUUGAAGGCGCAGGCGGCGGCGAUGGACGAU